AUGGAUUAGCAUAAACUAUAAUUUAAGGAAGAUUAAAUAAUGAAAGUACAUAUAAUUUACGAUAUAGUGUAGCCUUUUAAAUAAGAAAGAUUUAAUAUUAAAUAAUUUUAAAGAGAUUUAGAAAUUAAUAUUCUGUCAAAAACAAAUGAAAAAAUAGUAUUUGAGAUAAUCAAUAUUGAUGCUCCUAUUGCUAAUUCUUUAAGAAGAAUAAUGAUUGCAGAAGUAAAUCAUAAUAUAAAUAGAGAUCCCUACUAUGGCAAUUCAUAAAGUUUAAGUAAUCCAAAAUACAAGUGUUAUACCAGAUGAAGUAUUAGCUCAUAGAUUGGGGUAAUUAAUAGAAAUAAUAUUAGAUUAAUUCCAAUAAUCGCAGAUCCUUUGUAAUUCAUUGAGAAAGAUGAUUAAGAAGAAUAUAAUGAAUUAAAUUCAAUUGAUUUUACAUUAUUUGCAAAGUGUGAGAAAAAGGCGAAUAGUAAGUAGGAUGAUCCUAUUGAAUAACAAUAUACUAAUACAACAGUAUAUUCUAGCAGUUUAAUUUGGUAACCAAAAGGAUAAUAAGCUAAAUUAUUUGCUGCAAAUCCAAUUCGUCCAGUUCAUUCUAAUAUUAUAAUUGCUAAAUUGAGAGAAAAUCAAGAACUGAAUUUAAGAUUAAUUUGUGAGAAAGGUGUAGGUAAAAGACAUGCAAAAUGGUAUUUAAUAAAAUGUAUUUUUAGGUCUCCUGUAUGUACAGCCUUUUAUAAAUUAAUGCCAUCAAUUACUAUUAAAAAUUAAUUAGAUAAUUAAAGAUAAUAGAAGUUGGAAUCUAUUUGUCCAAUGAAAGUAUUUGGAAUAAAAGGAAAUUAAAUAAAAGUUGUUAAUCCAAGAAAUUGUACUACUUGUAGAGAAUGUAUAAGAGAAGCCAAUGGAUUUGAUAAAGAUGUUGAAUUGAAUAAAAUAGAUAAUCAUUUUAUUUGUAAUAAUUAUAUAUAUAUUAUUUUUAGUUUCAAUUGAAAGUGUUGGAUAAUAUGAAGCUAAAGAUAUUAUGUUAUAAGCUAUAGAUGUUUUUAGAUCAAAGGUAUAAUUGUACAUUAAAGAAUGA